CAUCUAGCUAAAUAGUAGCUCAAUUACAUUUAUAUUCCCAAUCACUAUCGGCCCCUUCUAGCUCGAUAUGGACUCGUUCCUUGAACCAACCAGCGUGUCCCCAAAAUCAUACGUUGCCGCUCAAAUUACCAUCAAUGUUGUUACUAGCAUUUUUGUGGCCAUCCGCCUUGGUACUAACUAUCGCAUCAGUAAAAGCAUAGGGACGGAUGACUAUCUCUCCGCCAUUGCCCUUAUCUGCCUGGCUAGUUACUCGGCAACGUCAUCUUUAAUGAAUCAGUCCUUCAACGCCAAAACGACGACAAUUGAGCACAUCACCAGCUUAAGUGACAUAUCCCUACCAAAGCGUACUGAUACCCUAAUAGAACUCUAGGUAUCUGUCGGGUGUCUCGUUACGGCUGGUUUGGCCAUGUAUUUCGCCAAGACGCCUAUCCUCGUAUUCUACACACGAGUCUUCAACAUCAAGAAGUGGUUGCGCGUCACAUCCUAUGCAACUCUCGCAAUUACGGCGGCACUUUACCUUGCAGCCACGAUAUAUGCGAGUAUACCUUGCGACCCAAGGGGAAAACCCAUAGACGAUGCCUUCCUCGUGAACUGUCAAAGAAGCACGUUCCCCACCAGCAUCUGGCGGUGCGCCACGGCCAUCGCAACCGAUAUUGUCAUUCUAGGUCUGCCUAUCCCAACAAUCACAGGUCUAAACCUUCCGCUUUCGAAAAGAAUUGGAGUUGCUAUCGUAUUCCUGAUCGGUUUGCUGGCCAUCGCCACCGCCAUCAUUUCCCUAUACUACCAGAGUCAACUUCUUGGCGGCCCAUCGGCUAUGACCAUCGCAAUGCUUUGCACGUGUCUUGAAUGCUGUAUUGCUAUUAUAGUCGGUUGCGCCCCCGCGCUUCGGUCGUUCUGGCUUGGCUUCGUUCAGAAUUCUACGGUGUACCCGAGAAUGCAAGGCACACUGUCUAAUUUCACGACCAAGAACACUCCGUCCUCGAAUAAAUCGCAUUCCACGAACAACUCCCGCAAUAUUGAAAUCACUACGCAUCGCUAUAUUGAGCUUAAUGAUAGGAAUCAUGUAGACCCGGCAUAUGAGGCCGAUGCUUCAUUCUACCAACCUGGGAUAGCAUUAUGACAUCUCUCAUUGAUGGGUUCUGCUAGGAUCUAUUUUGUAUUGUGAUGGCAUUUAAUCAACACAAUCGAAGGACAAGUAUGUAACACAAAAGAACUACCAUUCUAAUAUUACUAGAAAAGGGGAAAUGCAGAGUUUUUUUCUUCAUUCAUCACAAAUGUAAUUGUGAUCAUAAAUGAAACAGGCAUUGAAUCGCGAGGUGGUCAGAAAGUCCUGCGCCCGUCGGCAUGUUGGUGGGAACUUACGUCUCGGAUAUGAUGUUUGUGCGACAGUAUGGGCGAAAAUCGGGAGACGGUGUACAUGCAGUUGUCUAGUUAUUGGGUGGCGUUACGGUAUAUGCGGAUGCGCCGCAUAGUAGCGUGGACCACCACAAUGGGAAAGCUGAGUUGAAAACUUAUGACUGCGAGGGGAAUUAAAUCAUUUGUGUUACUACA